AUGAGCUUUUCAUGUGUCGGCUCUGAAGAUUCUCCCCCCCCACCACCAGCACCACCACCGCCGCCUCCGCUUUCCAAGCGAUAUACAGAUUAUGCGAGAGAGAGUCACCUAUCGAUACUAGCGCCGACAGAUUGGGAUGAGUGGGUUCCUCCGCCGGGAGUCCAGUUGAAAACAGACGUUAUAUGCUUUUCUUGCAGGAAGGCGCCAGGAAGGGAUGAUAUUGGUCUCUGUAAGAAUUGUAAGCGAUUGCCCCCCCUUACUCCUCCUCCUCCUCCCCUUCACUCUCCUCCCCCUCCUCCUCCAUCCUCUCUUACUCCCCAUCUAUUCACUUUCCGCAAUAACAACCCUUGCACAAACCAACCCGAAUUUCAAGAAUUGCUAUCUAACAAACCCUCACACUCGAUAGGCUCCCCAAUACUCUCUAAUCCGCGUCCUCGAGACUCUAGAUUUACCCUAUCAAAUUAUGCUAGGGACUCGUUUUGCGGGAUCAAUCCCUAUAGACCUAUUAGCCAAUAUGGGAGUAUAAUCUUUGAAGAAGACGAGGCCAUGGAAGACGACGGCGAUAGUGAUGAUGGCAUCGAUUUUAGCGAUGCAUAUUACGCUAUCAUGUACGAGGAGUGGCGGGAGCAAGAAGAGCUGAAGGUCCGGCGAGAGGAGAAGAUGAGGAAGAGAAGGGCUGAUAAGCGGCCGGGAAGGAAUGGGAUGGGAACAUAG